UCCUAAUCAAAUUGUAUUACAACUUCUAUUGUAAGCACUACAGGAAACUGCUUCUUAAACAGAAAUGGAUUGGAUUACUCCCAUUUCAUUAUCAUUCCUGUUUGGCAUUAUGAUGAUGUUGCUUUUGAAAACUAGAGGUUUCUGGAAGAACAGCUCUCAGCUUCUUCCCCCAGGACCCUGGCCAUUACCGCUUGUUGGAAAUCUUCUCAUAAUGGAUCAGAAAAGGCCUUACAGGACCAUGUUGAAAUUGUCCAAACAGUAUGGUCCUGUCUUCAGCCUCCAAAUGGGAUUCCAGAAGAUGGUGGUCCUGACUGGGUACGAGACAGUAAAAGAGGCUUUGGUCAACCAGGCUGAUGCAUUUGCGGAGAGACCUCUCAUCCCAAUCUUUGAAGAACAUGCAAAUGGCUAUGGUAUCCUUUUUUCUCAUGGUGAGAACUGGAAAGUGAUGCGGCGGUUUGCCUUAUCUACACUGCGAGAUUAUGGAAUGGGCAAGAGAUCGACAGAAGACAAAAUUGUUGAGGAGUGCAAUGUCCUGGUAAAGAAGUUUGAAUCUUAUGAAGGUAGGCCUUUUGAGGCAACCACAAUUAUGAACGCAGCUGUUGCAAAUAUUAUAGUGUCCAUUCUGCUUGGGAAGCAAUUUGAAUAUGAAGAUCCCAUAUUUCAACGCUUACUGCAAUUACUCAAAGAAAAUAUACAGCUUUUUGGAAGCCCCACAGUCAUGCUGUAUAACAUGUUUCCUGCAUUUGGCUUCCUUUUUGGUGCUCGUAAGACCAUCCUUAAUAACAGAGAUGAGUUGCAUGCCUUUAUAACAACCACUUUCAUAAAUCAUCUAAGAAAUCUGGAUAAAAACAAUCAGCGGAGCUUCAUUGAUACAUUUCUCAUCCAGCAACAAGAGGAGAAGGGAAAGAACAAUGGUGGCCAUUUCAAUAACGAAAAUCUAAAAAAUGUUGUGGUAAAUUUCUUUGCUGCUGGCAUGGAUACCACUUCUACUACUCUGCGCUGGGGUCUCUUGAUAAUGAUGAAGUACCCCGAAAUUCAGAAAAAAGUCCAAGCAGAGAUUGAUGAUGUUGUCGGAACUGCUCAGCCCAGGACUGAACACCGAAUAAGAAUGCCAUACACAGAUGCCGUAGUCCAUGAAGUUCAAAGGUUUGUCGAUAUUGUCCCGACCAAUUUGCCACAUGCAACUACUACGGAUGUUACUCUCAAAGGCUACUUCAUUCCAAAGGGAACUCAUGUCAUUCCGUUGCUGACCUCUGUGCUCCAUGACGAAUCUCAAUGGGAGAAGCCUCAUGAGUUCUAUCCCGAGCAUUUUCUCGACUCUGCAGGGAAGUUUGUCAAAAGAGAUGCAUUCAUGCCUUUCUCUGCAGGGCGCAGGAUAUGUGCAGGUGAGACCUUGGCCAAAAUGGAGCUCUUUCUGUUCUUUACAAGCCUCCUGCAGAGAUUUACCUUCCAGCCACCUCCUGGAACUUCUAAAGAAGACCUGGAUUUCACCCGAGCAAUUGGGUUGACAACACCUCCCAUGCCCUUCAAUUUGUGUGCUCUGCCUCGAUGAGAUAUCUCAAACUCACAGAAUACUUAAGCUGUAUUUUGAACAUCCAUAAGUAAUUUUGCCUAGCAAGGUAAUUUGGGCGAAGCAGCCUUCUGGUUGAAUUGACCUAUCUUUAAUCAUAAAUCUCAAAUGUCCCUUGUGCCAUUAUUGCUGUUUGAAUACCACUCAAAAGAAGAAAAAGAAAAUGGAAAAGGAAAAAAGCACAACUUAGUGGAGUUGGCCUGUAGGAUUUUGGUUCCUGUGCCAUUUGCUACAGAGUCAAAAUCAAGGCUUUGCAUAUGUAUUGUAGUCUCUACAUAGUGUAGUUCUUGCUUUUGCUUCUAGAUCAUAUUAAAGUGUGACAAAUCAAAUUUGUUUCUGGUUCACAUCAAGGUCUGACAGAAUUUUGACAAUGUAAAGUUUGUACAUGCUGAGGAAAAACAAACCCAUUUGCUGUAUUGAGCACUGGCUAAGAUAAAGAAAUGGCAGAAUCUUCCUUCCAGAAUGCAGGAUAAAUAAUACUUG